GUAGUAAUGCUUUGAGAUGAUUGGUGGGUCAUAACAAAACAGUGAGUAACCAUGUUGAAUUGCAGCGAGAGGCCGCAAGUUAUUUAGUGUUUACGUUUUCCCGUAAAUCACAAGCAAAAUGUAAACAGUCUUUUUGAUGACAUCACUGUUUUUUUACUUUUUGAUAGCAAACAACAAAUAUUUUCGCGGUGUCAGGCAUCAGUGUCGUAAACACCGUCGUAGUAAAGCGAUUACUGUAACAGUUAUCAUGUUCUUAACUACGAGACCAGGACCUCGAGGAAAAAACCUUUUGGAUCCAUGAAAUUAUGCCAAAAAAGGCAUCAAGCAGAAACAGGGAAUGGGAACGUGAACGUCGCGAGAGACUAAAUAACUGCUUUAAGUCGCUCGAAAGUCUUUUACCCAGUCAUAACCCAACAGCAUCACUCAGUAAGGUAGACAUCGUUAAGAAAGCAGCCGAAUACAUACGUGAACUCGAGAAAAAGAAUGCAAACCUGCUAGACGGAAACACAGAUAAAGAAUGCUUGGAGCAAGUGAAAUUGUUGGAACGUCGUGUAAAAGAGCUAGUGGAUUACUCACAGCUUCUGGCAAGCUUGUUGAAAGCUGCUGGCAUAUCUGUGCCACCAGGACCUGGGCCGGAUUUGGAAGUGCUAUUAAAGAGACCAUUAAAAUGGUCUGGCAAGCUGUCUCUUGACCAGACCUUGCAGCAGCUUGCUGAGGCGCGCCAGAAAAAAUUUGCUAACAAUGUGAAGAAGAAGAAGAACAACAACAGUAGGACGAGUGGACAGAAGACCAAGGAAAAUAUAAUAAAUGUAGAGCCCAUUCCACAGCCAUCAACUAAUACUGAAGGAAAUGUAAGGAGUGACAUUGUACAGGCCUCUACAAAGAGCAGAAUUAAAUCCAGUGUCAAGAUCAAGAAAAAAUUAAAGAAAGUACCAAAUACUGUGGUAACAGUGAGUGCACCUGUAGCACAUUCAGUUAUUGCCCCUGCUAACAGUUCUACUGUGGGACCUGGCACACUUAUUUUUACCAAUGGCACAGUCAUGCCAGUGUUGUCAACUAGGGUUGUGCCUCUUCCAUUACUGGUCUCCCGUGCUGCAAAGUUGCCAAUAGCAGCUCUUACAAGGCCAGUGGCAGCGCAUAAAACACGUGUUGAUCAUCCUGUUGUGCCUCGGUCUGCAUGUCCAAGCAAAGAUGUCCCAGGUACGAAGAGCAAAAGUAGUUCUACCAACAGACUGGGAACAGUUAAAGCUACUCGUGACACAAGCAAAAAUCACAAAAUCAAGAAAAAUGUGCAUCUUGUGCAAAAGCCAAUCAGUGUAAGAAAAGUCAAUGUAGGAGGAAAUGCUAGACCAACUGAGUCACUUUCUACGAAAAAAAACGAGUUGGACAUUAUUGUGCAUGAUAAUAAAUUUACAUUAUCAGAUGCACGUGAGCAAGCAACUGCAUACGAAAAUGUUGGAGUAGCACCAGCUGUUGAAACAGAAGCAAAUACAACCAUGCUGGGACAGGAAAAGAACAAAAGUGAAGCUCAUGAUAGCCACAUUAUAACAACAAAGUUUGAUCAAUCUGCUAACAGCAUCAGUUGUGACAAAAGCCAGCAAGCCUGUCAGAAGAUGACAGAAGAUCAUCCCAAAAGUAAAGCCACUGGUGAUAAUGUGGAUAUGGCGGAAGCAGCAGAUGUUUUUGCAAAAAUGCAGCAGGAGAAAUGUCCAAGAUCUUCCAACAUAAGAAAAUUAAAUGAAGAUUGUGGAGGCAUAAAUGCUAAUGACAGUCAUCAUAAAUCUACAGAAAAUAUAAUUCCAACAUUUGAAAUUAAUGCUACAAGUGGACCUCCAUUUGAAAUGCAAAUUGGCAAUGGGCAAUAUGAUAGAGAAAUGAGUGUGUCUUCCCAAAGCAAUGUUGACAUUUGCUCAGGUACCUCAUGUGAACUGAGUACUACAACCAAUGGGGAUUUGGGAAAUGUUGUUGACUGUGAAAAGGUUGAUAGUGUUGAUAAACCAACCCCAUUAGAUGAAAACAAAAUCACAGUGGAAACAUCAGAAAUAACAUCCAAUAACACAGAUGGUGGAAACAAAAGAAAAAGGGGUGAUGAUGAUAUACCAGAAUCUUACCAGCUAACUAGGAAGAAAGGCAAAGAAGUUAAUGGAAAGACUGAAGUGAAUUUGUUUACAAAUUUGUCUGAUCAAGAAUCUACCUCAAAACAGUCAUGCUCUACCUCAGAUUCAGUGAUAAAAUCUAAUACUAAAAGUACUGUUGUAUCUACAUUGUCUAGUCAUGUGAGCUAUAGUGUAGAUUCAUUGUGUAAAACAAAACCUUUAUUAAAGACCUCAGUGACAAAUGCAACAUCAGAAAGCACUCAAAAUGCUGGAUCCUGUUCAUCAGCUACCUCAGAACACAGUGUGGAAGAUCAGAAUGCAUCUGUCCCUGAAGAACUUCUUGAUGUUAUGAACCAUAUUACCUCAGCUGCUAAAAGUAGUGUAGAUAAUGACAAUUUUAAUAAUGUUUUGUGUAGCUCCUUAUUGCAAGAGAAAUAUUCUGAGAAGUGUAACUUGGUUCAGAAUACUUGGUUAGACCAGAGUGUUCGGCAGAUUUUUAAUGAACCAGAUGGGAGUAGAGAAUUACGAAGCACUCGGGAACAUACAAAUUCUCAGGGAACAAGAACAGUAAAGGAACCAACUAUAAAUGAGAAGUCUGAUUUUACACUGUUAAAUAAUAUGUGUCCCACAUCACAGGAUGAACAGAAAGUCGACAAAACUGCAAAAGAAAUAAAUUAUGGUUCACAAUUAACAGUUUAUGAAUCAAAGGCACAAGGAACUCCACAGGAAGGAGGAUUGUGUUUGAAUGCUGAGGCUACGCCAGAAAACGAAAAAAAUGCAACUGAUCAGAAUAGUUGUGAGUCAGAAAAGAAAACAAGAAGUGACUAUCAGAAGGUGUCACAAGAAAAGGGUUUUCCAGCACCAAUUUCAGAUACAGAUCUCAACUGCUUUAGUGGUAUCACUUCCAAAACAGUAUUGAAUGAAGGUCUUCCUGAAAAUUUAACAAAACUUGCAGAUAAUGUCAGAAGCCCCACUGAGUCACUAGCAAAAAGUACUAAUAGCCAGGACAAUACACUUGUAACUGAGAAUUAUGAGAGUAAGACACCAUCUCCAGCAGAAAAAGUUACAUUGAUAUCGGAAGAGUUACCGAAGGUGUCAUCGGAUAGUGCUACUAAUUCAACUAGUGGUAAUUCCUUUUCUGAUGCAACCAUCCUGUUUGCUUCUCAGCUUAAUUCUGAGGAAACAUUAAGUAAGGAACAACCUUCAGCUAGCAGUAAACAGGCUAUUAGUUACAGUAGUAGUGCUGAAAUCCCCCCUGUAUCUCCACAUGGUAUUACCUCAAAAAGAACUUCACCAUCAGCCAUAGAAAAUAUAAACAGCUCCAAAAGUAGUGGUGCACCCUUACUUGCAGGAACAGCACUCUACAAGCAGCUUAAGGACAUUUGUACUGUUGUAUCAUCAGUUACAGACUGUGUGUCAGCAUCAUCUGAAAGUGUUUCAGUUACAGGUCGUAAAAGCACAAAGCCAGUGGAAGAAUCAGUGUCUUAUAAUAUUCAGCAAGUUUCUGAGACUAAUUCCAGUGUUUGUACAAUCCAAUCUGAAAAUUCCAUGGGUGAUAAUAAUUAUAACUCACCCUGUGACUUCAAGACUGUUAUAGGGGUAUCCAAGUGCCUGAAUGUAGAACAAAAGUUAACAAAGUCUACUCAUUUAACCCAGGAAGUGAAUAAUACUAGCCAUUCUCUACAAUACACUGUCACUGGUAAAAUGAUGCCUGAUUUGUCCCAUGAUGUGGAACAAAAACUGGAAAAGACUAUUGAUAUGUGUGCAAGUAAAAGAAGUGAAGAAUUAGUUUCUGAGCAACAGGCGAAGUCAAACCAGGCACAAAGGCAGGCUGAAAAAAAUGAAAGCACUGAUGAUGUAAAGACCACAAGUUCACAAGCAAAUGAAAAGGAAAAUGAUGGAGUUUUAGAAACUGCUAAGGGAGACUGUCAUAAUCUCUUUGGAAGCUGUCACUGUAGUGGCUCUGAAUUUGCAGGUGAUCUGUUUGCAUCUUUGAAUGUUCCUGCUGGUCAUUGCUCUGAAUCAAUUUCACCGACAGCUCAGUUUUUAUUGUCAUUUCCUCUUGUGUCAGGGGGAUCAAGAGCAGUCGAUAAUGUCCCAGAUGACAGUGGUGUUGGACAGGGUGCACCAUCAUUACUGCAGAUUGGGGUGUCUGAGCAAAGCAGGAGUGUUGGAACUCAAGUUUGUUCAUCUGAUACAAAUUCCGGUCCAAACAGUAAAAUACUUGUUAAUUCUGAGCAAAGCAUGUCUAGCAAUAAUAAUAAUAAUAAUAAUAACAAUAAUAAUAACAACAACAACAAUAUCUUUAUGACACCAAAUAGCAGCAGUUAUUCAAAAAUAACAAGUGGUUCUCUUCCAACUAUUGGAAAUGAUCAGCACCAUUUGCCUUUGUUUAAGACACCCACUAAUAACCGUUUCUCUUUUACAUAUGAAUCGUGUGCACCUGUAAAUAAGAGAGCUGUUGAAACGAGUCCCAUCAAAAUGCCAUAUGGCACAUCUGACAGUUUUCAUACAAAUUUCACCCUUCCUGAGCCUUGUUUAGCAUCUUUGCCGUUUGAUAAAACGUUUGAUCACAACAAAAGUUUCCAGUACACAAAUCUCUCAAAACAUCCCAUUACAAGCAGAGAGACGUGCCAUUUGCCUGUCAGUAUUCCAUCAGGUAUUUGUUCAUCACAGCAGUCAAAUAAUAUGACUGUAAAUUUGAUGCAGUCAGAUACUCUGGGCUCAGGAAUUCAUAAGGUGAACAAUUGCGGCAGUGACUUAUUCAAAACACCGCUGCCUGCACUUUCUGUUCAAAGCAUUUCUCAAAAUUUGCAGGGUACCAGCAGUGUUAGUCAGGUUUCUGUGACCACCAGUGCAGGAAGAUUCAGUGGCAAUAACCAGUCAGUAACAAGUAUGCAGAAUUUACCAGUGAACAGCUUCAGUUGUACAGAUUUCACUGCAUUGCCAGUUCCUCAGAUAUCUUCAUUUGCAGAAGACGUAAAAUCUACAACCAUGUCAUCCUUCUCGAUGGCCAACAGCUCCUCAAACUUUGGAAUUCUGUCAUGGAGUACAAUCCCACCAGUGGCUUCUGUAUCAAAUAUUUCCCACAAUGAGAAUUUUACAAGUUUGCGAAACUCCUCAGAUGUAUUUUUGCCAAAUAUCUCUCCUCCUACAACAAAGAUUGGCAUUGACAUCAACAGUGCCAAGAAUUGUGGGCGAAGUUCAUCUGUAUGCAAAACAGGGCAGCAACAACUAAAGGACUGUGCAUCUGAAGUAUUGAGACAUUCUCAAGGGAUUGGUCCAGGUUAUUCAUUUCCUAUUACAAAUGAAACAGGCCAAGAAACAGUGUCAUCUCGAGGUGUAAUUAAUUCUUUAAUUCCUUCAUCUGUUCAGAACAACACUUUGCAACAGAGCUCUUACAAGAUGUCGUUGCCAAACAAUCAGAGUGAGUUGGGCAGUGAUACAUCGAAAGGUGAUUAUGGUAAUUACAGAGCAGCAAUGUCAGUUGCCUCUGAAUCGUAUAAAAAAUUUCCUCUACCUCAAAGUAAUACUUACAAGUUAAUGACAUCACAUGCAGAGAUAGUAUCACGCACCAGUGAAAGUCAAAAUUACAAACAAACAUUAAGCCCUGUGCCUCAGAACAGUUAUAGUGUAGCAUCAUCAUCUGUGUGUGGUGAAGCAUUUAGUCGAACACCAUUAUUGCAUGAUAAAUUCAAGCCUCAGUCAUCAUCACAGUUUGAUUUGUAUCACUCGGCACCAGGAAUUGUACGAAGUGAUGUCUACAGGACGAGCCAGGAGAGUCAUGCGACUGAUAUUCCACCUUUGGAUCAGUGUGGCCAUUUUAAGCCAGACUUUCAUGCAAAUCAAAAGGAACAGUUCAAACAAAAUAUAGUCGCAGAAAAACCUAGCAAUGGCAAACACUUAAUUACAUCAGAUGGAGUCAAUAGUUAUAAUGCAAAUGUGGCUUCGUCAUUCAAGCAAGAUAGUUACAGAUUCUUAGCUGUUUCCUCUCAUUGUGAGCAGGCAUCUAAGCCUGGACCAGCUUGUCUCAGUCUUGACAAUUACAAGUCAGCUCUGAGAUCAAACAAGGUUGAGAAUUACAGAAAAGUUCAACAUUCUUAUCAGCCAGAGAUCUACAAGAGAGGACCGACAUCAGUGGCCUGUGAAACCCACAAGUCUACUCCAAGUUCUGUUCAGUACAACAGCUGCAAACCAGCAUCAAGUAUGCCUGGAGAAGGCACCCUCUCAACAAACACUCACUCAAGGGCUCCUGUAAAUUGGAUGACUACACCUGAUACACGUUGCAGUACGCAGCAGAUAUCUUCAUUAUUCUUCCCACCUGCUACAUCCAGUCAAAUGCAAACACAGAAUAAUAUGCCUCUUCCAUCAUCAGCACUUUUCCCAUCACAGUGUGGCCAUGGGAAUGGGCAAACAGCUACAGCAACAACAUUAUUUACCUCAGUUCCUAGUCAGACGAGUCAGCCUGUUAUAUUACCACCUGUAACCUCAUCCCUAUUCCCUCCAGUAACUUGUAAUCACAGAGAAACUGCUAGUAGCACACACAGUUUAUUCCCUCCUCCUGUGUCCAGUAGCACUUACAAUGCCAAUGGAAAUUCUAUGACAUCAAACAUUUUCACUCCAGCUUCGAGUCGUGCUAGCAGUUUCCCUCAGGUGCAAUCUUCUCUUUUUCCUGCCACGACUGUUACUACAGGCAACCAAUCAUCUUUGUUGUUUCAAUCCACCACAAGCAAUCUGUUGGGACAGGAUAAUGUCAGUAUACCACCAAUGCUCUUGACAACUUCUGCCAAUCAUGUAGGCCAGAGUGGAAGUAGCUUGGCACCUCUUCUUACGUCCGUUGCUGCCCGUGGUUCAAACCAGUCUUCUGUUGGCGUACCAUCCAUUAAUACGAUGUCUGUAACUCACCAGAAUUCCACUGAUCGGCCACUUACCGGUAUUCCACCAGCACUUCUCCCAACAUCUUCUGAUACCUGUGGUAAAUCUCUUAGCUUGCAGCCACCAUUACCGUCGACAGUAAAACCGGUCUCGGGAGGCACACAUUUAGGUACCUUGCCUCCGAACACUGCUUCACAUUUAUUUUCACGUGAUGCCGGUAACAGCUUUUGCUCUGGAACAAUAUUUCAAUCAUUUCCAUCAUCAGGACCUACUGUCCAUGACAGUUCACCGUCAGUUUUGUUGAUGUCUGGUUCCAACGUCAUGGGAGAUGCAGCUUCAUCAUCACUCUUCUGCCCACCCCAUGUUACGGCAACCAACAGUGAUUUCUCAUCAAGCUCAGCACCAUUCUUCUCAUCAUCACUAAUUCCUACUGCAUCAUCUGUGGCCAGCAUACCAGGUCAGAAUAACAGUUGUCUGCCCUCUUCUGUACCCUCAACAUUGCUUUCAACUCACACUUCAUCAGGCAAUAGGCAACGAGACUUAAACCUAUUCCCUGGGCCACCACUGCCACCAACUCAGCACAGCUACUGCCGUCCAUCUGGUCCGACUUUUCCCAGCCUACAAGAAUCUGUUGGUGCCAGCUCAUCUGCUGCCACACCUCCAAGACCUUGCUUUCUGUCUGUCAGCCAGUUGGUGGAAGGAAGUGGUAGUGGAAAAAUUGGGGCGACUCGGAACUCAAGGCGCCGCUCUCGUCGACCUCCGCCACCCUGGGUGUCUGGCUCGUCUGCCCCGGGGAACUUGUAUCAGAAUGUUUCACACUCCCAGCAGUCACUGGCUCAGCCAUCAAGUAACAAAACAGUACAGCAACUAUGUGGGCGCCAGCCCAGGCCACGAGUCAUUCCGUCUACAUCAUCAGAGCUUGUGGACCUGGGCGGCCUCUUGGGUUCGCCGUUGCUCGCUGAAGAUCAGCCCCCGACCAGUCAGCGCCCUUCCUCUCCGCCAACAUCUGUCAACUCUCUGACAAAUUUUAACCUCAGCACAAUAUUUCCUGAGAUAGACAAGCAGCAGCAACAGCAGCAGCAGCAGUCAGCAGCAGGAUACUCAAAGUCUACGACUAUGGUGCCUGACACUCACCAACGAGAAUUUCCACAUCCGCCAUCAACAUUUGGCAAUGUUUUGAUGUCACCUGCUCAAAUAUGUCGAAUGCAAUGGCCUUAAUCUUGUGUUCCCUAAAGACUGCGGGUCUGAGGAAUAAGCUGUGUGAUCUGAAUUGCUGCUUGUGAGCAGUUUCUGGAAAUUCCUGGAUGGAGCAAUACGUAAAAUAAGUGUGAUGCAUUUGUGGACUUGGUAAGAGGACUGAGUGGGGCAGUCAUGGAAUAUCUGUUAUACUGUGCCAUUGAAGGUGAUGCAAAAGGCUGUUUAUGUACAAUCAUCAUUGUACGUUACAUCAGCAUGAAACACUUUUCUCGACAGAAGAUUAACCAUGGAAAGGUCAGCCACAGUGGUUGAAGUAAAGUGAUGAUGUGAAGAUUUUCGAGUUUGAAAAUUAUCAAAGACUGGAUAAGGCACUCCGCAUUAAGGACUGGAUUUGUGCUGCAAUAUCAUUUUCUAUUGUUAUGUACUGUUUGCACUACAAAACACUGUGAGCUUUUGAUAUUCCUCCUCCCCCUCCCUCCCCAAGAAGAAAAACAAAGGCAAACUGCUUGAGAAAUGUGACAGGUAUGAAUAAUGGAUAACAGGUAUAAAACAAGCAGAAAAUGAGCAAAAUAGAUGGUUAAUUGCACAUGAAGGAGAAUCUGGCUUAGGAAUUUGAUUAACAAGAACUAAGGUAUUUUGCACCAUUAAAACACUCGCACACUUUCUUGACCUUUUAGAGCUUCCUUCAUCUAGCAUUAUCUGUGUUUUUGUCCUCUUGACCCUCUUUGUUAUUGUUGUUGUUGUUGUUGUUUUUGGAUUUUUUUGUUUUUGUUUUUUUAAGAAAAAAUAUUUUAUAGAUAGGAUAUUUAAGAAAAAGACUAAAGAGUCUUUACUACUUAUUGUUUUUGUUCUUUCUUCCUCUUUUGUGUAUCUCUUUCAGUUUUUAACUGUAUCUCACAAAUAUAUUAAGGAAGCAUCUUUCCCCUUCUGCUGUGUAGCCUAAGUUAUAAACUUUUAACAUUUACAUGUGGAGAUGUUAUAAGACGUUAGAACUGUUAAAUGGAAGUGCAUUUUCCCACAUAGUAUUUCUGUCCCAAUUCAGAAUAGGUAUAAAGGUUUUAAGAGAUCAGUUAUCACACAACAGUACCUGGGGUGUUGAGCUUCUGUGACAUUCACGAGAAGUGCUUAUUCAAAAGAAUGAUGUCAGUAGUGCAUUCGACCAUAAUAUUCUUUGUUGAAAUUGUAAUAGAUAUGCACCUUGACUGAAAAAUUGAAAAACUAUAAAUAUCGGAAGCACUUCAGCAUAUUUUCAAAAUUAUGUAAACCUCCAUACGUAUAACUUGCUUCAGCAACACUGAGUGGUGUUCAGCGAUUGAUAGAGUUUACCCUGAAACAGAAAAACAUUGGGAAACAGCAAUGUUUCAUCUCUCUCUAAUCCCUUCUCCUACCUCCUCUCUCUCUCUCUCUCUCUCUCUCUCUCUCUCUCUCUCUCUCUCUCUCUCUCUCUCUCUCUCUCUCUAGGACCAAGAGGAAAUGAAACUUAUUAACAAAAAUAAAUAUACAUCUUUAGAUCAAACGAAGGGGAAAUUAUGUAGUUUUGCCUGAACCUCUGCAGCCACGUUACCUCUGAGAUAAAAAAAAAAUAAAAUAAAAUAAAAAAAAAGUUUCUGUGUGCAACAUUGUUUCACCAAGGUCUGCAACAUGUUGGCAACAAUGUUUGUUGCUUGUAUCCCCAUCUACACUAGUGACAAACAUUUUUACAUGUGUGUUCAUGUCAUCUGCUAUGCUGAACUGGCAGCAACAUUCCAUAUCGUGUAUUCACACCAAGAGCUAUGCUGUGGCAAAGUGAAGAGGAUGAAUAAAUGAUUCAAGGGUUGGAACUUUAACAGUGGUAACUAUUUAUUUACAGCUCAUACAAGUUUUACUGACCUUCAAAGUAGUCCCCAGCAUUGUGUAAUCACCAACAAUGUUUAUAACCCGUUGCCAGCAAUGUGGAAGUCGCAGGAUACACUUAGCAGUGCCCUGCAAAUUAAUGGUCUGGUCGUGCAGGAAGUGUCAUCACUUCUGUCUCUAAGCUGGUUGUAGGUUGCGUUCCAAAAAUGAACAGCAUAGAGAAGUAAUGACAUUUUCUGCAAGACCUGACCAUCAUUUUGCAGGACAGUGCUCAAGCAGUGCAAACUGUUACUGAUUUGUUUGACUGAUGAGGCUGCUAAGUGCUAUACCACCUACUGCCCUCCCCUGACUGAAGCCCUUGUAAGUUCAACUCGAUUUCUAAAGUGAAGGAAACACUUCACGGCAUUUGCUUCAGAACUACUACAAAUUCGUUGGGCAAUAGACCCCGCCGCUCGCACUGUCAACACAACUGGCACUGCUAAGAGUAUCCUACAACUUCCACAUUGCUGACAACAGGUUAUACACAAUGCUGGAUUAGAUUAGAUUAGAUUAAUACUUGUUCCAUAGAUCAUGAAUACGACACUUCGUAAUGAUGUGGAACGUGUCAGGUUAAUAAAAGAUGUCUGUACAAGAAAUUACAUUACACAAAAUAUUGCAUGAUACUAAUGAUUAAGUUUUUUUUAAUUUUUUUUUUUUUUUACUUAGUUUAUAUCUAAAAAUUCAGCCAAUGAGUAGAAGGAGUUGUCAUCUAGAAAUUCUUUUAAUUUAUUUUUAAAUGUUAGUUGGCUAUCUGUCAGGCUUUUGAUGCUGUUUGGUAGGUGCCCAAAGACUUUUGUGGCAGCAUAAUUUACCCCUUUCUGUGCCAAAGUCAGAUUUAACCCUGCAUAGUGAAGAUCAUCCUUUCUCCUGGUGUUAUAGGUAUGCACACUGCUAUUACUUUUGAAUUGGGUUGGAUUAUUAUCAACAAAUUUCAUAAGUGAAUAUAUAUGCUGUGAGGUUACUGUGAGGAUCCCUAGAUCCUUAAAUAGAUGUCUGCAGGAUGACCGUGGGUUGGCUCCAGCAAUUAUUCUGAUUACACGUUUUUGUGCAAUGAAUACUUUUCUACUCAACGAUGAAUUACCCCAGAAUAUGAUGCCAUACGAAAGCAGUGAAUGAAAGUAGGCAUAGUAAGCUAAUUUACUGAGAUUCUUAUCACCAAAAUUUGCAAUAACCCUAAUAGCAUACGUAGCUGAACUCAGACGUUUCAGCAGACCAUCAAUGUGUUGCUUCCAGUUUAACCUCUCAUCAAUGGACACACCUAAAAAUUUUGAAAAUUCUACCUUAGCUACAGACUUCUGUUCAAAUUCUAUAUUUAUUACUGGAGUUGUGCCAUUUACUGUAUGGAACUGUAUAUACUGUGUUUUAUCAAAAUUUAAAGAGAGUCCAUUUGCUGAGAACCACUUAAUAAUUUUGUGAAAAACAUCAUUUAGAAUUACAUCACUUAGUCCUUGGUUUUUGGAUGUUAUUACUAUACUUGUAUCAUCAGCAAAAAGAACUAACUUUGCAUCUUCAUCAAUGUGGAAUGGUAAGUCAUUAAUGUAUAUCAAGAACAGUAAAGGACCUAAGACCGAACCCUGUGGGACCCCGUGCUUGAUAGCACCCCAGUUUGAGGAAUCAGCUGUUGUUUUAACAUUACACGAACCACUUAUUUCAACUUUCUGCAUUCUUCCAGUUAAGUAUGAAUUAAACCAUUUGUGCACUGCCCCACUCAAACCAUAAUGAUUUAGCUUAUCUAAAAGAAUUCCAUGAUUUACACAAUCAAAGGCCUUUGAGAGAUCACAAAAAAUACCAAUGGGUGAUGUCCGGUUAUUCAGAGCAUUUAAUAUUUGAUCAGUGAAAGCAUAUAUAGCAUUUUCUGUUGAAAAGCCUUUCUGAAAACCAAACUGACAUUUUGUUAGUACUUUAUUUUUACAAAUAUGGGAGGCUACUCUUGAAUACAUUACUUUCUCAAAAAUUUUUGAUAGAGCUGUCAGAAGAGAGAUUGGGCGGUGAUUACUUUGAAGGUCAGUAAAACUUAGAAACAGAUAUUGAUUUUGUGUGAGCUAUAAAUAAAUAGUUUCCACUAUUCAUGUUCCAACCCUUGUAUGUGGUGUUGUGUAGCUAACACUCAGCAAAAUAAGCGGAUGACGGAAAAACACAUGAUUGGUGGACAGAAGCAUUGUAGAGGGCGGGGGGAGGGGGGGCAGGGAUGACAUGCACAAGCUGAAUUUGGAGGACAUAUCUGCUUUUCAUAACUUAACUAGGAUGUUGACAUCUGAUUUUGAAAUUCUAAAGAAUAUUAUAGAGCCACUUCUUUCAAAGGAUAACACAAUGUCUGAAAAGCAACUCCUGUGAAACAGAUUUGCUGCUACUCUUCCUUUUUGACAGCAAAAAGUCCUAUCAAAACCUUGCAUAUUUAUUCCCAUUUAAAACUCUGCCAUACCUCAAACAAUGGGUUCUCAAGGCUGGAAUAUCACAAUAUUAAGAAAAAGAUAGAUUGCUACUCACUGUAAAGAUGACUCGUUGAGUUGCAGACAAGCACAACAAGAAGUCUGUUACAGAUUUAGCUUUUGGCCAAAACCAUCUUCACAAAAGAAGACACACAUCCACACAAGGAGGCACACUUCACACACACUUGAUGGUCAGCUCCAGUAUUCAGACCAAAAUGUCAUAUCUUAAAUAGUUCCUGGAGUUUGUCAAGCUGUGGUUGAAGGAUUAUGUAAACAUAAUUCAGUUAUGUAAUAGCACUGAAACAUAUGUUUAAUUAAUAAUAGAUUUAUUUCUAAACAUUUAGAUUAAAAUUAUUCCAAAUCAUUAUCAUUUUCAACAAACAGAAUUUCUUCCAUUCCGUUGUCACUGGUUGUCCCAAAAAAUAUGACAGGAGUCUAUAGUUGAUGAUUCCCCUAACUUAUCCAUGUUCACUACUGACUCCUCCCUUCUGCACAAAAUCACUUGUGUCUCGGUGGCUAUGUCAUAUAUUUUUAAAUUAUUAUGUGUGUGUGUGGGUGUGGGUGGGGGGGAGUAGCUCAUGUAAAUUUCUGGCAACAGACUUCCUACUUCCCAGAGUGACUGACUGUAUCGUGCUCCCGCUGUUCUGUGGCUGCAGAACAUCCUACAGUAUUCCUGUUACCACUCCUCCACUCUCUCACCCAUUUUUGUGGAGGGUCUUGCGUGCCAGUUUGUCUGGACUCAUUUUUUCAGUUGUGUCUCUUGUUUCAUUUGGUUCCUGAAUAUCAUCCAGGGACCAUAAAUAAUUGGAAACAAACCACUUUAGUUUAUACCAAGUUUCUGUACCACUGUCAGAUUUCUUGGUCUCUUCAAUUUUUCUUUCCUUGUAUCUGUACUGAGCUACAAGACUUCAGUUUUUUUCCACAUCACUGCUGCUGUUGCUAAGCGAAACUGUGAUUUUCUGUAGUAUGUCCUGUUUCAUUUUAGUAUUUUUAUAACGGGCCGUAUAUGCAUUCCAGUGGCUGCCUCCUCGUGUUUGUGUAUCUUGUUUCUUGUCUUCUCCAUUUUCAAAAUGCGACAACAUGAAACACAGUCCAAGGAAACGUGCAACACUACACAAAAUAGUACAGAACAUAAACAAAGACUAGUACUGUAUAGUGGCAUUUAGUGGUAGCAGACCAGAAAUAGUGUUUCCUUUUAUCUUUACUGACAUGGCCAGUGGAACACACUUUUUGCAUUUGCAACAUGUUGCAAACAUUGUUGCAGAACAUGUUACAAACUCAUUAUAAACACGACUUGAUAUUAAAGUUCCAUUGAAGUGACGAUUUAUUGUUCCUUUGCCCUAAUUGAUAUCACAAGGGUGUACUUGUUUAUUAGGUAUUCCAAAAUAUGAAACCUACACAGAUUCAGUUUAUUUGGUUUUAACAGACAAAAAAAUUACAGGCUCUUCUCGGAGUUUCUUUUUUCAUAUAACCUUUAGCUCAUUCAUGUUAUGAAUAUUUUUACAAAUAAUAUAUUGCUGCACUUAAAACUGUGUAUGCAAGUCAUCUGUAAUGAAAGUGGAUUCUGUGAAAAAUACUAUGUGUUAAGUGUGUAAUAUUAUUUCCUAUUUUGCAGUCAAUCACAAUAGCAUAAACUUGAUUUUGAAUUACUGGUCUGUGCAACCGUAAAAAAGAAAAGAAAAAAGAAAAACCCUGAUGAAUCAGGAUUAUUUUCCAUACCGAUAUGAUACAAGAUGUGUUAUCUUUUUUUCCCAUCUUUCUUAUUAGUAAAGAUGUAAAUUAUCAAUGCUAUGCAUUGUCUGUCUGUGUAUUUUACAAAUACAGCAUAUAUAUGUGUGUGUGUAAAUAAUUUCUUAACUGCAGUUUACUAUGUAAAGAUCAUAUAGAAAUGAAAACUUAAUUAUAAUAUUUUCUGAUAUUUUAUAUUAAAUUCCAGAGUGUUGCGAAAAUGUUGUCAAAUCUAAUAAAAGAGUCAUUCUUCA